UACAAACACUUGUUGAAACAAAUCUCUUCUCAGAUGCUCUAUCGGCAGCGACAGGACCCAAAAAGGUAGCUAAACGCAAACGUGCCAAUACACCGCUACCAACAAACACUUCGGCUACAGGCGCCAAAGAAGGUCCCUCCCCACCAACUAGUCCCGAUAUGCCUAAGGUAGCACCACUGAAAUUCUAUCAAGAUACCUUAGAUGAAUCCAAAAUGGAAGAUUCCAAAUCGGACAAAGAGAAUGAAGAUCAUGAACCUACUAAGAAAACAACUGACGAUGAUCAAAAUACCGACAAGGAAAAUGAAGAUGAUGACGAUGACAUUCCAUUGAAGAAAGUCAAGGAAGACAUAGAACAAAAAGUAGCACAGGAGAAGAAAAAAGAUUUGGCGGAGGGCGGAGUUAUUGAUAUUACCAAAGAUGAGGAUGGUAAGCCGAAAGAAGAUACGGCAAAUGAUGAUGCAUCUUCGGAUAAUGCCAGCGAUGUUGUGGUAGUUAAAAAACCUGGUCCAGGUUGUGGUCCCAAUGGACCACCUGGUGUCCUUAUGCUACAUCGUCGUAAGGGUCCCAAGAAGAAGCUGACCUGGCGUCCCCAGGAAUCAUUGGAACAGAUUCGUUUCUUCGAACUUGAUGAAAACGAACGUGUCAAUGUCACCAAGACCUCAUUUAUGGAUAUGAAAAAUUUGGAACGUUUCAAUGAACGUGAUGCCAUUGUAAUGGCUCGCCGUGGCUUCAAUCAGGAAGAUAACAUGGAACCCCAGACCACCUGGAGGCCAUUGAUUUUAGUCGAUGAUGUACCACCACAUCCAGAUGGCAGCCAAUCGAAACAGAGGAAAAUCCAAGCUGAACGUGAAAUGACUACAUUGCGGGCGUUGUAUUUUACGCAUGCUCUCAUUCCCGACUCACCAGCCGAAGCGGAAAUUGAACCCAUAUUCAAUCAUGACAUACCACUUAUACCAUUGGACGAUUUGACCGGUAAUCCCGAUGCUGUUAAUGACUUUACAAGCAUGCCAUGGCCAGAGCCAAGAGGUUCACCAAAAGAUGGAGAUAUUGCUAUUAUGGCUGGCACUGGAGGUUUAGGUAGUCCUGUUGAUAUGUUUGGAGGCCCCAAAUCGCUGAUGGGUAGUGCCUUACCGCCCAAUAAUGCCGUUGGCCUGGGAACAUAUGUUGCUGCGCCGAACAAAGUUAGUCCUUUCAAUAACAAUGUGAAUCCAUUUGGUGGUAAUUCUGGAGGAGGACCAGUGGUUGGUCCCAAUGGCCCACCAAUGAAUGCCAUGCAAAAUAGUCCCCAAGGUCAUUGGCAAAGAUCACCCAAUGGCAUGGGUGGUGGUGGCAAUGGACCUAUGAUGGGUAGUGGUGGUGGUCCCAAUCCCUUCAACAACAAUCAUGGUAGUCCAAUUAUGGAUAUGGGUGGACCACAGCGUGGUCACAUGAUGAAUAAUGGUCCCUCUGGCAAUUUCAAUAAUCAAUUUGGUCCUGGUAAUAACAACAACAAUCCAUUUGGCGGUCCUGGUCCCAUGAAUCCUUUUACGGGUCCUGCCAAUAACUUUGGUGUAAUGGGCAACAAUGGUCCCAACAUGAUGAACGGUCCCAAUAUGAUGAAUGGUCCCAAUAUGAUGAAUGGUCCGAAUAUGAUGAAUGGUCCUAAUAUGAUGAAUGGACCCAAUAUGAUGAACGGUCCCAAUAUGAUGAUGAAUGGACCCAACAACAUGAUGAAUGGUCCCAACAACAUGAUGAACGGUCCCAAUAUGAUGAAUGGCCCCAAUAAUCGCAAUAAUGGUGGUGGCAAUUGGAUAAAUAACUUCCAAGAUAACAAUGGCCGCGGUGGCGGUGGCAAUUGGAGACCAGCUGGCCCUGGUCCAAAUAAUCGUGGAAAUGGUGGCGGAAAUGGCAAUAACAACAACGGUAUCUGUAAGGCUUUUAUGCGUGGUCAUUGCCGCCUAGGCAAGUCAUGUAAGUUUAUACAUCCAUCCAAGAGUAAACGCAUAUAGGAGUGGGCUGACUCUUCUUCGCCCAAAGAA